GUCGCUCGCUGAUGACGUAUCAGAGAGAGGCGGUGCGGGUUUGCCACGUCGGUCUCUGUGCAACGCAUUUACACUGUUGCUUCUGAAGCCCGGGGCUAACUUUUAAAGCCGUUUUUUAUGUGUUCACCCGGAGAGAAAGCGACCCUCCAGCCUUGUCGUAGCCCGUCGCCACACCAGAGCAGCCGGGAAUAUUGAAGCUGGAAGGCGGAGAAAAUGCUUGGUGCUGUCUGGACUCGUCAGGCUGGAAGCCACAUAACUGACUGAUGCAUCCUUGUUCACUUCUCCCCCCCGUGUGUUGUUGGUCUGGCUGUACAUGGUGGCUCAUUGACGAGAAGGGGAGGAGUGCCAGUGGCUGUUGGUUGGUGGGCGGCGUCCGUGGUUGCCACGGUAACUGGCGACCAUGCCAGGAGGUCGCAGGGGUCCCAGCAGACAGCAGCUAAGUCGCUCUGCUCUGCCGUCCCUGCAGACUCUGGUUGGAAGCAACCUCGGCAAUGGCAUAGGCCUCAGGAGCAGGAGCAGUAACGCGGUAGGUCUGUCUGCGCCCCCUCUUUCGGCCCUCAUUACUCCAGAGCCGGUCCGUCACUCGAGGAUUCCCGAGCUGCCUUUGGACAGCAGUCUGCUGUUUGAGUUCCUGCUCUUUCUUUAUUUGCUGGUGGCGUUGUUUGUCCAAUACAUAAACAUCUACAGGACGGUGUGGUGGUAUCCAUACAGCCACCCUGCUGCCUCUACCUCGCUUAACUUUCAUCUAAUGGACUACCACCUGGCUAUCUUCAUCACGGUCAUGUUGGCCAGGAGGCUUGUUUGGACUAUAGUUUCAGAGGUGUCUCAGAGCAGUGGCAGAUCACUGCUCCGCUACGUGGUUCUCAUCGCAGCUCGGCUCAGCCUGCUGACCAUGUGUGGCUGGGUGCUCUGCUGGACACUGGUCAACCUCUGCAAGAACUACUCUGUGCUCAACCUCCUCUUCCUGGGAUACCCAUUUGGUGUGUACGUCCCACUUUGCUGUUUCCAUCAGGAGGGAGGGAAAAGCCAAACGGCAUCGGCUGACUGCGAUUACCCCGCCAACCACCAGCAGACCGACCUAACGGAGACCCCGAUCUUUCGACCACGAGACUUCCUCUUCCUGUUGCGUGAGAACCUCCGGGAGCAAUUUUCCAGCCCCCCGCACAUGCCUACGCACACCUGCCCACCACAUACCCACUCUCACACACCAGAGUUGAUUCGAGCAGAAGUGGAAGAGCUGAAGAGCGACUUCAACCGGCGGAUCAAGGAAGUGCUGUUCAACUCGCUGUUCAGUGCUUACUAUGUAGCCUUUCUGCCGCUCUGCUUCGUUAAGAGCACCCAGUACUAUGACAUGCGCUGGUCAUGUGAGCAUCUGAUCAUGGUGUGGAUCAAUGCGUUUGUGAUGCUGAUGAGUCAGCUGCUGCCCCCCAGCUACUGCGACCUGCUUCAUCGCUCUGCGGCUCACCUGGGCCGCUGGCAGAAACUGGAGCACGGCUCGUACAGCAACGCACCUCAGCAUGUGUGGUCAGAAAGUACCAUUUGGCCUCAGGGGGUGUUGGUACGACACAGUCGAUCUCUUUAUAAGGCGGUCGGAACCUAUAAUGUCGCUCUGCCCUCUGAUGUUUCCCAUGCAAGGUUUUAUUUCCUGUUCCACAAGCCAUUGCGGAUCCUGAACCUGCUGAUCUGGAUCGAGUCCAGUGUGGUUUUGUACCAGUUAUACUCUCUGCUGCGCUCCGAGCGCUGGAACCACACUUUGUCUCUGGGCCUUAUUCUCUUCUGCAACUACUAUGUCCUUUUUAAACUGCUCCGAGACCGCAUUGUGCUGGGCAAAGCCUACUCUUACCCUCUGUCCUCCAACAGUUUGGGGCUCAAGUCGCAGUAAAGGCUUGGCACAGUGAGACCUCACCUACGAACUCUGGAUGUGGAGGGGAGACGGGUGGCGGUCUAGUAAAGUGGAGGACCGGAGGGUUGAUCAGCGCUCACGCUUGGAGGUUAAGGGACAGACUGUGAACUCAUAAUCUUGUUUUGAUACGGUUCUAUUUUUAAUGCAAUGUUUAUAUAUACCUAUUUAAAAGAAUAUUUUUAUUUUGUAUACUAUUUCGAGUUACGCCGGGCAUUACCACGCUGAAUACAUUAGCAUGUUGUGUUAUGCUGUUGACAGGGAAGUCAUGGAAUGCCAGGAGGUGACUUUCACCAAAGAUAUUUUAAGUGCAGGUGGCCAAUCACAGUUCGAACUUGGCCUCUGAAAGUUGGUUAAACCAGACGAGCGAUUCAGAGCAGUGGAAAGGGUUGUGUCUGAGAUGCUGAAUCCUGAUUGGGCUGUUCUGUUCAACCCUGGGAGCUUAAAUCUAGAACCAGGUAAACUGAUGCAGCUCUUUGGGGCAAUGUUAGCAGGACGGAAACACCAUCACUGCUCUCAACAUCUUCACCAGGAAGAAUAGAUUUUAGCUUAUGCUGAAGCUAAUGGGGAUCCUAAUAAAACCACGAUUUCACUGGUGAUUUUAGAGCAAAACUUCCAACAUUUUAGGAAAAUACUGGUGGAGAGUCUGUUUAUCAAAUAUGAUGCCACAACACGCAGGUGGUUAGCUUAAUGUUAGCACAAAGACUGGAAACAAGGAAACAGCUAGCCUGAUUCUGUCUAACAUAACAAAGUCUGCCUACCAGUACCUCUAAAACUCACUAAUUAUAACUCUGUUUCCUAAAAACAAAAUUUAAAGAUUGAAGUGUAAAAA